AGUUACGAAUUAACAAUAACAUGGAUAACGCCUUAAUUCCCACAGGCGAAAGAUGUGAAGAGGAUAAAAAUAAACCGUUUUGUCGUCUGCCAUCUUCUCGUCUGCCAUCUUCUCGUUUCUUCUUGUUCACACGAUAGAUACUGGGCUGUCUGCACUUUGAAGCUACUUACCGCCUGAAUACCCUUACUACUACUGCUGCUACACAGGUUGUACCGCGAUCCAAAAAAUAAUAAAAAAAAAACUAAUGAAGAGCGCAUCACUUAUAAUAGUACUCAGCUACGCUUUAUCCUUUACUGUUGGUUUGAAUAUAAUAUUAACAACCACGGAUAACUGGGUUUCCAAGAAUGUCCGUAUGUUAUACACCCACUUGAAACACCAUGAUCAUAAUGUAAUUCUUGUUGGUCCGUUAUAUCAAGAGCACGAAGACGAUACUACCAACCGUACAAUUGAAGACGGAGGCGAAUUUGGUCAUUUGCUUGAUGUACACCAAAUCUAUUUCAAGAACCUUAAAAAGGUAAACAAAAGACGGGUGAGAAAUGUCAAAUCCAAACUGGAAAUUGAACAAGAAGAGCCAUUCACCCCUGUUUCCACCAACUACUAUGGUCAAGAUCCUUUAGACAAAAAUGUCUGGUAUGUGAACUCCAACUCCAACACUACUUUACAAUUUACCCUUAACAAUAUCAUUCCUGAAUAUUAUCCUUCAUUUAAUGCUGAUUUGGUUAUUAUUGGUCCUAACGAAGGUCUCGAAUCACAAGCUGAAAUCAAGGAAUUGGUGUCAUUGUCAGUAAACUCCACAUUCAAGACCUUGGCUGUGAGCACUCAGGACAACCAUGGUAUUUACUACCAAGAUGAAAAAUAUUUCAACAUUCAUCCAAGUUCCCACGAUCAUCUUAGUAAGCAUAAUGUGUUUACAAGAAAUAUCCAUUACCUUAAUAGAAAAGUCGACCAAUUGAUCAAGAAAAUGUCUACUACUAAAGAAGUCUUUGGGUUGAAUGUUGUUAUCCCUUCAAUCAACCACGAUGAUUCACAUUGUAUGAUCGCUAAGCACCAUGAUAUGUCCUAUGAACAGAUGAAGCCAACUGCUGUGCAAAAAGAAGCUGAAAUAACUGUCCAAGACCACUUCAAGGAGCAACAACAAAAAUUCAAUCUUGAGGCAAGACUGGAACAUGAUGUUCAAGAAAUUGAGGAAAGAUCUACGUUUGUUGACGAAUAUUCAAACUACUACAAGCAUGUUCUUAAACAUUACCGUGAGCUUGAACAAGAAUUAGCCAAGGAGGCGUUACAAAAGAGAACUCUCGGUCCAUUAGAGCAAGUUUUAAGAAGUUGUCAUGUUGCCGUUAAUGUUAUUGGUAAUGAAAAUGUCGAUUUACGUGAAGUCUUAACAAGUUAGACAAAAGUUAUGAUUUAUUGGGUUGAUAUUUGGGUUUUAGAUUUUAAUGGGUUUUUACGUUUCGUUGUUUUGAUAGUUUUAUAGGUUUUCUAUUCUUCCUCCGUUCUUUUUUAAUAUUAUAAUUUUAACUAGAGAAAA